AUGAAGGAACAAGUGUUCUGCGUCAUCCCUGAAGGCGUGGAAUUGGAGGACUCCUUCGAUUGUCUGGAGUUGGUGAAGGCAUUCUACGGACUCAAGCAAGCGUCGCGCGUAUGGAACGAAACGUUUGACGAGUUCGUGUGUGCUAUUGGAUUUCAAGCGUCAAGCCUCGACCCGUGUCUCUACAUAAGGAUUGUGGGAGGGCAAUGCGUGCUGCUGCUGGUGUAUGUGGAUGACGUGUUGAUCACCGGUAGCUCAUGCGAGCUAAUUGCACACACCAAGGAAGACCUGAAGACACGCUUCGAGAUGACUGACAGCGGCAAGUGUGCAUUUGUGCUUGGAAUCGAGCUUUUGGACGGCGCAGAUGGAAGUGUGAGACUACGUCAGCGUCGCGAUGCAGCUACCAAGGUCAAUGCUCCUUUUCGCGAAGCUGUUGGUGCGUUGAUGCAUCUGACCACUGCAACGCGCACGAACGCUGCGUUCGCCGUGGGCUAUGUGUCACGAUUCAUGGGGAACCCCCAAAAAGAACACUGGGUUGCAAUUAUACGAAUCCUCCGAUACCUGCAAGACACCAAGACGCAUGGGAUUUGCUAUAAGCCAAACAGCAAGAAACAGCCAAGUGUUUCGUUGUCCACGAGUGAUGCCGAAUACAUCGCACUCAGCUUGGCGAUUCAAGAGGGCAAGUGGAUUCAUCGUCUGCUUUGUGAUAUCAUGAUGGCUGCCAAUGAAGAAGGACCGGAACUCAUGAUCCAUGAAUACAAUCAGUCGUGUAUCAAGAUGACGAAGAACCCGGUCAACCACUGCCGUGCCAAGCACAUUGACAUAAAGUACCAUCACAUCCGUGAUGAGGUCAAGCGCGGUGAAGUGAAGCUCAAGUACUGUGAAACUGCGGUACUGUUAGCGGGCAUCAUGACGAAGGGACUUCACGGGCCACGCCACAAGGAGAUGAUGGCGGCUUUCGCGAUUUGUGCGUGUUCGCAUUGA